GUUGAUGAUGCAGAAGACAUUAAUUCUAUUGCUCUGUUAAUAGACUCAAAGACUCCUGAAGGAUUUGAUGUUUCCAGUGUUGAAAUUUUACCUGGAAGGGAUAAUUUUGUCUGUAAUCUCCAGAUGUUCUCUCAGGUUUACAGGAUUCGACUUCCGUUCACAGAACAAAACAGUCUCCGGUUUUCCCUGCACUUGGAACGUAUUAUUCAGGGGCUAUUUGUGAAACUUCGGCGGCUAGUGCCUUGUUGCUUAACUAACUUAAACUUCCAUGUUGACCUACCAGAAGAAGAUGAAAUGCAGAUUUCUGUACUUGGUGUUGCUGUAGGAUUGGGACACCCCUACUUGUUAACAACUGUGGGUCAGCCUAUAAGUUCACGAAUCAAGUCCAAGAAAGACUCUGAGCUAGACAUGAUUUUCAGUAUGGAUGAAGAGCGAGCUAGCAGUGAAAUUCCCAAUGCAUCAGGAUUGAAACACCAGUCAUCUCAUCGAUCAUCAGAAACUAAACUUAUUUAUCAUAGACCACCAAGAGAAUAUCCUGGUAUUGACAUGACCCCUCUCAGUUCCAUCCCUGGUGGUCGGAUUGAGCGUUACAUGGGAAAUCUCGAUUUCUUCUUCAUUAGAGAGACUACGAGCAUACGUGAAGUAGGAGGUCUUAAUGGUUUUAUGCAUCGAUUUCUAUCAGAGGUGUUUGCUAUUGUCCGAGCUCAUGUUGCAGCCCUUGGUGGUAAUGCUUUAGUAGCCUAUCACAUGAACCACUGUGUCUUGUUGUAUAAUCCUCACAAAAAUCAAGCUCAGUGUUUAGUGGAUGUAGGAGGUGAUGCCGUGCUUGUCCAGUACCACUCAGGUGAGCACAACUCUAGUGACGCAAGUACACGUUCCACAAUGACCAGUCUUGCAGCUGCUUCAGAUUCUUCUGCUUGACACAUUAUAAACCUGGAGGAGGAACAACGUAGAUAAGUCGUCUUAUAACAACUGGACUCUAAGUUUGUUUUGUUACUGAAGAGAAAGUGUUUGAAAUUAUGAAAUGAAUAUCAGAAAUUGAAAAUUAAGAAUGUCAUUCAGUGAGAAAAUAUUUGACUGAUUUAUAUAUCAAGAAAAAACAAAAUUGUUGAAUACUAUAAAAAAAACAAAAUGAAAAACAUCGGUCAGCAAUAAUAUGUAAUGAAAAGAAUAAGAGUGGUAAAAGGAUAAAGUAAAACAAGGCAAAAGUGCUAAUUGUAUAACAUAACUUGAGAGUAAAAGGAUAAAGUAAAACAAGGCAAAAAUGCUAAUUGUAUAACAUAACUUGAGAGUAAAAGGAUAAAGUAAAACAAGGCAAAAAUGUUAAUUGUAUAACAUAACUUGAGAGUAAAAGGAUAAAGUAAAACAGGGCUAAUUGCAAAAGUGCUAAUUGUAUAACAUAAGUUGAGAGUAAAAGGAUAAAGUAAUACAAGGCUAGUUGCAAAAGUGCUAAUUGUAUAACAUAACUU